GACACGGAGACAGAGCGGAGCCAGAGCCGGAGCCCUCAGCGGUCUGACGCACCAGCUCUGCCCGGACACGAGCGCUCAUCCCCGGCACAGACAGCCGCUCUGCCCGCGGGCUUCCGAGGCUCAGAGGAGAUCAUGUCUCUGUCGGAUGCCGCUCCUGCCUCAGACCUCGGCUUUAGUCCUGGCUCUGGGUUUAGUCCUGGUUCUGGGUCAGGUCCUGGCACUGGGUUUAGUCCCGGCUCUGGGGCCAGCCCGGGUCUUGGGUCAGACCCGGUCCACAGCGCGGUGCACAGCCUGCUGCGCCUGUGCCAGCCAGGGGAGAGCGAGGGGUUUGCACGACGGGCAAUCGAGAGCCUGGUGCGUAAACUGAGAGAGAGGAGAGAGGAGCUGGACGCGCUGGUCACCGCCGUCACCACCAGGGGGCGCCAGCCUGGACUCUGCGUGACCAUACAGAGGACCCUGGAUGGAAGACUGCAGGUGGCAGGGCGUAAAGGCUUCCCUCACGUGAUCUAUGCACGUCUGUGGCGAUGGCCCGACCUGCACAAAAAUGAGCUCAAACACGCCGCCUUCUGUCGAUACGCCUUCGACCUCAAGUACGACAGCGUCUGCGUCAACCCAUACCACUACGACAGAGUGCCCGCGCCCACGGGUAUCACAGGUACUACCACUCCCGCAGAGUGCCCGGGCCCACGGGUAUCACAGGUACUACCACUCCCGCAGAGUGCCCGGGCCCACGGGUAUCACAGGUACUACCACUCCCGCAGAGUGCCCGCGCCCACGGGUAUCACAGGUCCUCAGACAACCAUUAAGGAGGAGCUGGUGCAGGACUGUCUUCACCUGGACCUGACUCCACCCCCAGACCCCUACCAAGCCCGCCCCCUCUCCAUGUAUCCCAGCAUGCACCUAUCCCCUGCAGGGGGCGCUGGCUGCAGUCCAGGAAUCGAGGUCCAGGGUCUAAUCCACAUGAGUCCAGGCCAGAGCCCCCCUGCUCCCCAUGCCCCGAGUCCAGACUACAGCAGCGCUGGGCCUGAGACCGGACCAGAGACUGGACCUGAGACCAGUCCACACACCGGACAGACCAACACAGAAUCCUGGUCGAGUGUCAGCCCGGCAGCCUACAGCCCAAUUGGUCCACAGUCUCAAAGUGGGAGGGGCCCAUAUCCAUUACAUCACCACCCGCCAGCCAAUAACCACUACUGGUCACAUCAGCAGAACAACGCCCCCUAUCCACCGCCUGUGUCCAGCCACCCAGGGCUGGACUUCUGGUGCUCCAUCUCGUACCUGGAGCAGGACGUGAGGGUGGGGGAAGUGUUCAAAGCUCCGGCAGGUUUUCCCGUCAUCACUGUGGACGGAUACAUGGACCCCUCCGGAGGGGACCGCUUCUGCUUGGGCCGACUGAGCAACGUCCAGCGCACUGAUGCCAGCCACAGAGCCAGGUUGCACAUUGGCCGUGGUCUUCAACUGGAGCACCGUGGAGAUGGAGAUGUUUGGAUGCGCUGUUUGUCUGAUCACUCCGUCUUCGUCCAGAGCUUUUACUUAGACCGUGAGUCCGGACGCACACCAGGGGGCGCUGUGCACAAAGUUUAUCCUGGAGCCUACAUCAAGGUGUUUGAUCUGCGCCUAUGUCACAGAGAGAUGCAGAGGGUCUCGUACAGGGACCAAGACCACAGCAGUGGUCCUCACGUAGAUGCGCUCCGGGGACUCUGUGUGUUCCGGGUGAGUUUAGUGAAGGGUUGGGGGCAGCAGUAUCCACGCCGCUGCAUCCAGGACACCCCCUGCUGGCUGGAGGUGCACCUACACCGCGCUCUGCAGCUGCUCGACCAGGUGCUGCACGCACUGUCUCCGCGGCAACACCACGAUCUCUGACCCCUCAGCAAAACCACCUCUUCUGACUCCUGUCUGCACGGAAACACCAUCACCUCUGACCUCACGGCAACACCACCACCUCUGACCCCUGACGUCACCUCCGUAGAGCUCAGUGAUGCCUCCUCUGGCUCCAGGGGGCAGUAGCAGUCACACAGUCGUCCCUCUAGGUUAGAGCACCCUCAGAGGUCUGUAGGAGAAAAGGGAGACCUGUGUUUGAAGUGGAGAUGUUUGAGCUCCCAUCUGAAGGUCAUUGGCACCUGUAGGCACUUUCCUCAGACCAAGACUUUAAGACUGAAACUGCCCUCUGUCUGAAACAUGUCCACGGCAACACCACCUCCUCUGACCCCUGACCUCACCACCACACAGCUCAGUGACGCCUCCUCUGGCUCCAGGGGACAGUAGCAGUCACACGCUUGUCCCUCUAGGUCACCUGUAGGCACGUUCCUCAGACCAGGACCUUAAGACUGAAACUGCCCUCUGUCUGAAACGUCUUCAUUCAAAACAGUCUGACUUUUGAACCUUUUUCUCUCAACUCCAGAGGACAUAUUUAUCAUUAGCAUCAAUGAAAACUAUAAUCAACCUUACUUACUGCCGGGUUAACCCUGACCGUGGGGCAGGUCAUUCUUUGAGCAGUUACUUGCAUAUAACACACGUCUAAUGACCUCCGCUCCAGACCAUUGUGCUGUCCAGGAAAAAUAGACUCACAUUGGUCAGUAUAACAGUUCCCAUUGUUUUUAAUGAUAUUAAGUCUCCUGGGACCCGUGUAGGUCCUGAACGGCACCUGCAGUCAGUGUAGACCCAAUGUGAGUGUGAGUCCCCCAUUUCCUCUGCACUUUGACUUCAAACUAAAGGAUGUUUUAUCGUCUCCAAAGAUCUUACCUCGACAAGUUCUGACAGACGGGUUACAUGACAGCGCCUUAGUGCAUUCGUCAUAAGGUCACAUGACAGCGCCUUUGGGGGGCGUGUCUUUAGGUCACAUGUCAGCGCCUUUGGGGGCAUGUCUUUAGGUCACAUGACAACGCCUUUUGGGGGCGUGUCUUUGUCAAACUUUGAAUGUCCAAAGAGAUUAUGCAAGAGCUAAGGCCUCCACCAGGGGUCACUGUGCUAGACAAAGCUCCUGUAUUCUGCUGAACGGCCUUUUCUCUCUGUAACCCUGUUCUCGUAGAAUGUUCCACAGUGAGGCUUUAAGCCAAUUCUAAUGAAAUGUUCUGCAGUGGAACUUUAGCCCAGUUCUAAUGUAGUAUCCUUUUCAAAAGCAUCCCUGGAGCUAUGUUUCAUUCACAUUUUUCAGUAAUUCUGGUCCACAAACCUUCACCAGAUGGUGACACAAUGUAGUUAGUAAUUCUGCCUCACAGUAAAAGGUCCCUGGUCGGACUCCUGGGCCUUUCUGUUUACAUAUUCUCCCUGUGUCUGGAUGGUUUCCCUAAGGGCACUCUAGGUUCACCUAUCAACACAAAACAAUGGGUCAAAACCUCCAGCUGAGGCAGUCCUGACCAAGACUAGCUCAAGAUCUGGACAUGGGUCCCACUGUUCCUGACAGGUUUAACCCACAGACACUGAAGAACGGGUCAAAUGCAGGUUUAAUCCAGAGACAGUGCAGGAUGGGUCAAAUGCAGUGGACACAUUUCAGUGUGGGCACAAUAAAGUGUAACUUAAUAAUUUCAGGUUUUACAUUAAAACCUCUGAAACUGGCUUCUGAUCUUACUAAAAUCCUAAUGCUCACUGAAGUGUUAAACAAAGGCCGGUCGCUGCAGAAUUCAGGAGCUGGAUCAGAGGCCAUGUCCUCAGUCUGCACCAAACCUCUUUUCUCUGGGUCUGAAAAGCUUUAAGUCUCCUGUACUUUUGUGUCAUGUUAUGAGUGCCGAUGUCUAUGACUAAUGACAAUAAGAAAACUACUAGAGAUAGUCAGACGUCUACCAGGGCACUGGCUCUAUCUUGCAAUGGUACUUUUAUAUUCAAUCAGGGGUAAAUGCUCUGAACUGAAGAUUAUAUCUCUGUCACUUCUACAGUUACUGAGUCCAAGUGGAACAGACAGGAUCUAAGAGUUUAGUCCUGGACCUGGUUUAAGUGAUGGGCAAAAUGAAGUGAGAUCGAAGCUAAGUGGGCGUGCCAAAUGAAGCCUUGAACCCUCGAAUCUGCUGAAGUCAUGUGACCGAGGCCUCGGUCUGUGUGAAUCCAGAUAAAUACUAUGUAUGUGAACAGAGAACAUUUUAUACAUAUUCUCAUCAUGGUUAUAAUCAACAAAGGUUCAUACACACUGGAAAGUAAUUGAUGGCAGUAUUUGGUGGGGCUCUUUUACUGGUUCUGAGGCUUCAUUGGUUCAGUUUUCCCAUCACUAGUCUCUCUUUGGUUUAGUGCUGAAAAUGUCUUAAUUACAAACAAAUAUAAAGUCUAUUUAUUAAAACACUCAGAGACCCAUUAUUUUUGCACAAUGCGGUACAUGUUAAGUGCUCUUGUGUUUCCAUCACAGUUUAAAGCAGAUUAUGGACCAAUCAGGAGGCUCGAUGAACAGAUGUCAGUGGGGUGGGGGGUGGGCAACUCCAAAACCCCCAACUCCAAACUCCAAAUCUCUAUGACCUCAUUUUCAACAAAGCCUGGGGCACAGUCUGCCAUAACUUUUGUGUCUGAAGUUUCUAUCGUCCAAGUCAUCAACUCUUGGACAAAUUAUGCUUUCCAACAGCCUUCUGUAGAGAUUGAACAUGUUUUAUUUUAUUUAUUCAAUGAGUUCUGACCAAAGAUGAAAGAUCUGUAUUAUCAAUGUUUGUAAUGCCACCAGAAAUUACAAUAUGGAUGUGUGUGUGAUUUAAGGCUUUUGUACUGUUUAAAUUGAGCUUUAACUGUAAGAAAUCUAUUAUGUUCGACUGUGGCUGUUUAUGCUUCAAUGAAAUAUUUUAAAGAUCAUUUUUAAACCAAGAAAAA